AUGCUUAUUGAUUGGCUUCUACAGAGGCAUUUGCUGCUGAUUGGAAACCAGGGAGUUGGCAAGAACAAGCUGGCAGAUCGUUUUCUGAGCAUGCUCCGGCUGGAAAGGGAAUACUUGCAGCUGCACCGCGACACAACGGUUCAAUCCUUGACAACACAGCCGAUUCUCCAGAACGGUGUCGUGGAGUACCAAGAUUCACCCCUAGUGUCCGCCGUGCGGCACGGGCGAGUGUUGGUCAUUGACGAAGCAGACAAGGCCCCUCUGGAAGUUGUUUGCAUACUCAAAAGCCUUGCAGAAGAUGGCGAGUUCACGCUUGGAGACGGGAGGACGAUUAUGGCACGGGAGCGCAUUCCUGAACCGCCCUCGCAGCUACACGAGCAGCAUCUCCUCCCUAUCUCACCGGGCUUCCGCAUGAUUGUCCUGGCCAACAGACCGGGCUACCCCUUCUUGGGCAACGAUUUCUAUCGAGAGUGCGGGGACGUCUUCGCCACACAUGCUGUCGAGAACCCAGACAUCACCUCUGAAGUCGAACUCCUUCGGAGCUACGGGCCUUCAGUACCGCAGGAGCAUCUCGUCCGCUUGCUGGGGCUUUUUGCCGAGUUGAGGCACUUGGUGGAGGAAGGCGUGCUUUCUUAUCCAUACUCGAGCCGCGAGCUGGUUCGCAUCGUGCGACAUCUUGAGAGCUUCCCAGAUGACCCAAUUGAGGAGGUGUUUGCGGAUGUCUUCGAAUUUGACUGGCACGAUUUGAAGUUGCGGGAGACUCUUUCGGGAGUGUUGAAUGGCUGUGGAUUCAGCUUCGACCCAACCUCCAAGUCCAAGCCCAUGAAGCACGGCAACCCCAACAGACGUUUACCGAAGGAUUUCAAGUCUGCAAAGCACUAUGACUCUGGAGAGAACGCCCUUCGCCUCGUCCCGCAAGCCAUGUCCGGAUCCGGCGCUGGAAGUUCUGGUGACGCGCCUUCGCAACCGCCGCAGCCAGACUUCCGCACGGCGGCAAUGGUUUUCCAGGGGCUGGGAAGCUUGAGCGAUGACGACAUCCGCGUGUUCCUGAGGGCGGCUGGUGUGAAGUCGUCGCGGAGGAUGCUGGGUUUGUGCCACAGCGUCUUGCUGGGGCUGGAUGGCCACUAUCGCGCGAGGAUUCAAGCUCGCGAUGCGAUUCUGCAGCAGCAUCACCCCGGCGCUUCGAUGACUACACCAUCGCCCUCGCCUUCGCCCGCACCUGGUUUGGGGCCGACCAGCAAGCAAGCGACCAAGGGAGUCGGCAAGACAGCCAGGCCUAAGGACCCCGCUCCGCAGGCGCAGCCAGGAUCGUCCUCUACCCGCACCACGCCUCCCCCUACGACGGCACGGACGACUACUCCCUCGGCGAGCACGACCGGAAGCGCGGCUGGAGCAGCCACGGGUAAGGCGGCUACGGCGGCAGUGCCAAGGAAGACGCCGCCCGCUAAGCCUUCGCUGCCUGGCACGGUGAAGCCUGGUGUGGUGGCUCAGAUUGGGAAGCGCCCGCCGGUGGUGCCGCCCGACCCUGCAUUGGCGGCUUGCUUCGCUACGCCCUUCGAGGACACCACCGCGCAGGACUUGGAGCUCAUGGUUGAGCCGCCCGCCGUCGCAGCCAAGGCCAAGGCCUCGCCGGAGACGCAGCAGUCACCCGACACGUCACUGGCCUACCUCGACUUGAUCGUGCCGGACCUCGAAGACCACAUGUCGAUGUCCCCCGCGCCGCAGGUGUUCCCGCCAGUGCCGACCACACCUCUUUCGAGUGAGUCCGAGGAGCGCCAGGGGGACCUGAUCGACUUGGAUAGUGACCCGGAGGAUGACGAGCCGGCCACCGUGACGCCGUGGCCCCGCGACGACGAGGAGGACGACGACGCAGGGCCGUCUGCCCCCGCCCCGCAGGCAGCCGCAAUGGAGACGCAGACCGAGCCGGGAGCCGGGGACUUCGUCAAUAGCCACGGCGGGGCCGGGCUCAGCCGCCGCCGCGCAGACUGCCUCCGCAGGGGACCCACAGGCAGACAGCGCACCCUUGCCGCCAGCCAAGUUCCCGACAUCUGGCGGCUCGCGAACAGCGCAGGGCGGAGCGCCGCGCCAACAACCGCGCAGACCAGGAGGGGGGAGCCGCAAGGUGCCUUUUUGAGAUCUUCCUUCUUCGCCUCGCCGCGCGCCAGCAAAAAGGAGGGAGUGCGAGCUGAUACUCCCCUCGCGCAGGCUAGGUUGGGUCUCGCAGGUGUAAGAGCAACAAUUAGUGUAGAGUGCCGCGCGCCCGCUCGCGCCAUGACAACAUACGAUUUCACUUGCUUCAACGACUUGAUUCGCGCUUGCUUCGACGCGGGCCUCGGGACUGAAGUCGUUGACUUGCUGAGCGACGAGCUCAUUGAGAGCAUCCACGACGCUGCGCAACGCAUUGAAUCGGUUUCUCCGAACCUAGCCGCACAUAUCACGGUUUUGAUCGAGCAUUCUGGCUACCAUCCGAAGAUGGCCGCGGUGCAGUUGGAACCGACCAAGCAUCAGAUGCUCGGCUCCCUCGCGGAGGCGCGCACGGGGACGCCGCGCGGCGAGGGUCAGGGCUCCGUGGCGCCAGCUCGCCAUGACCUGCCGCAAAUUCGCACCUCAGCAGGGGGGCUUCUGAGCCGUGCCAUUGCCGCAGCCAAGCCGGCGAACGCACAGCAUGCCCUACAGGAUUUUCGCGACAACAUCUACGCUCGCUCCGCACGGGCUCCUCUGGACGCGAGAUGGACCACAUGGUGCAAGAUUUGCUCUGCUUGGCAACAAGAACCAGUCCCGCUGACUCCCGAGCUGAUCGAGAUGGUUGGUGCAAGCUUCCGCUUCGGGGGGUAUCGCAGCUCCGCGCAAUACUUCUCCAGAGCCCGCAAGGAACACAUCCGGGUCACCGGGAUGCCGGCACCGGCCGCCGUUGAGCUGGCGAUUCGGGAUGCCAUCCGCUCCAUCGAGAGAGGCAUGGGGGCCAACGCGGCGAAGGACGCCUUCCGCCUCGAUGCCCUGGACUUCGACUUCACCUCUAAGGGCGCGAGCUUCUCGCUGGCACAUGGCAUGGUGGUUUUAGGUCACGCUGACACUGGCCUCGAGCAAAACCGACACAUGGUGCAUCGCUACUGUGGUGUGGUUCCUGAGAACAUCUGCCCUUACCACGCAGCGCUGCGCAUCGCCGACGAGUGCUCCGUGGACCCAGAGGACUUUCUUUUCUCACCGACACCAGGCGCCCCGGACGAGCCCGAUGUGCAGCGCUUUGGGGGCGCACAACAUCUGUGCCGCAUGCGCCUACCGGUGUCGACCAUCAUGCUCCUUGGGAGAUGGGGGAGCCCAGCAAUUGAACGCUACGUUCAAGAAACCGAGCUCGAGGACCUCUUCCCGGUUGCACCGUCUGCGCCGCCUACGACGCCUGCGCGAAGCCAGGCCAUCAUGGACACUGCCAAGGAGCCAGACUUACGACAGUGGACCUUGGUGCAGCCGUCGGCCCAGGCACAGGAGCCGCCGGCCCAGGCAGCCAAGAAGCCCCGCACCACCGGCAGCGCCCAGGAGGAUACGCAGAUCUCCUCACUCUUGGGGACCCUCGACGGCAUAGCGGAGAGGCUCGAGGCGAUACAGGACCGACCUGACCUGGUCUGCAAGUCCAAGGCGCACGCUCGCGAUCCUGAGGAGUCAGCACGCCCGCCAGUGCAAUGGCGAGCAAAGUGUGGUUGGGCGUACGGUUACGCCAAGUUCACCAGAGCCCACGACGACGGCUCCAAAGAACUGUGCCGGAAGUGCUUUCCGGAGAGCUCUGCAGCCUCGACUGCCAAGAUGGAGCAU